UCGCCGGGCCAUCGGGCAUCACAACUCUGUUGAUGCUGCGGCGUGGGUGCCUCAAUAUAUUCACUGCAACCGUCUCCACGACUGUCUGUCCUUGACCACCAGACCGUACACCACUCAUCAACUCGAUCGUGAUAGAUCUUUCGGCAAUGUCAAGAUUCGUGCGCGCGUCCAAGUAUCGCCACGUCUUUGGCCAAGCAGGAAAGAGAGAGUACGGAUACGAUAAUGUGAAAGUAUCCAACAGCGCUUGGGAUACAAACCUCAUUUCUGCGUCUACCCGCUACAUCAGUAUCAACUGGUCGGCGUCCGGAGGCGGUGCAUUUGCUAUUCUUCCGCUCCCUUCGCCUUUUGGACAAGCUCUCCACGAUCUGCCUUCCAAGCUCCCUGAUAUCAUCCCACUUGCACGCACACAUACUGCUCCCGUCCUCGAUACGGCUUGGUCUUUGGCCAACGAUACCCUUGUCGCUUCUGCCUCUGAAGAUGGCACGUGCCUCCUUUGGAAGGUACCCGAUGGCUUGUUUGAUGGCUGGAAUUUGGACGGAUGGGAACCACGCGAUCUCGAACCUGUCGCACGCGUCGACGUGAGUCCGCGUAAGGUAGGCCAAGUCCUGUGGCACCCAACAGCUACAAACGUCCUCGCGACUGCGUCCGGGGAUCAUUGUGUAAAGUUAUGGGAUCUUGCAGAUCCAGCUCGACCUAGGGCUACGUUGACUGGACACGGUGACAUGAUUCAGUCGCUUACCUUCAAUGCGACAGGGUCGAUCAUUGCCACUACUUGUCGUGACCGAAAGCUACGUUUGUUUGAUGCGCGCGCGAGUGCUGAGCCGAUGCGCGUCACGGAUGGUCAUGGUGGGAUCAAAGGCGCGCGUGUCGUUUGGAUGGGAGACAUGGAUCGGAUCGCAACGACUGGCUUUAGCAAGAUGAGUGAUCGACAGGUUGGAAUAUGGGAGACGGGAGGACUUGGGAGUGUUAAAACUCUCACGCUGGAUCAGAGCGCAGGGGUCGUGAUGCCCUUCUGGAGCGAUAACGGAAUAUUAUUCCUUGCUGGUAAAGGCGACGGUAACAUCCGGUACUACGAAUAUGAGUCGGACACGCUCUACGCGCUGGCUGAACACAAGACCGGGGAGCCCCAACGUGGCAUGUGCUUCCUUCCGAGACGCGCACUUGACGUCUCCGAAUGCGAGAUUGCUCGAGCUUUCAAGGUUACCAAUAACGGUGUGGAACCAAUCGCAUUUAUCGUGCCCAGAAGGUCCGACUCCUUUCAAUCGGAUAUAUAUCCUCCUGCGCCUUCCUCAGAACCAUCCUUGACCGCAGCUGAGUUCUUUGCAGGAAAGACUGCACCAGUAAAUUUGGUUAGCCUUGAGAACGGAACGGUCUUUGCUAGCGACAACGUCCCUUCACAUGUGCCUCCACCUGUGGCUAUAGUGCGUACGUUGGUUCCAAUGGCACCUGUGCCAGAACCGGUCAUUACCAAUCCUCCACCACCUGUGACUCCCACCGUUGCCAAAUCUGCCUCUCUUCCUCCGAUCAUCGCACCGCAGGUGGUCUCUUCCUCCCCUAUCCGGUCGGAGCCGCUGCCGACUGAUUCUCAACAUGUUCCCUCAGCUGAUGAAAUAAACACCGCUCUUCAACAAGAAGUCAACCGGCUUAAUGAUGAACUUCGCGAGGCGAGGCAAAAAAUUCGCAACUUGGAACUACAGGUAGAAGGACUCAGAGUUAAUGCGCGAAAAGUAGCUCAGGCGUUGAUGGAGGUGUAACACUCCCUAAACAUUCCAAGACAAUGUACUCAAAAACAAUUGACAAAACUCUUGAGUUCCAGCGAGUGAAGGGUGGAGGUAUAAAUUACGGCCACCCACACCAGGAGAACUGCACAAGAUCAUACUACAACUUACAGACACA